AUGGAUGUCAAACUGCAGGACAUCGACACCAAGUCGGUCAUCUCCAUGCAAGAACUAGACCCUUCUCCCGUGGACGACUCAACCCCCGAUCUCGAGAGCCUUGAGGAUGGCGAAUACUUCCCCAAGCCAGGGGAAGACAAGCCAAAGCGCACCUGUGGAUUUCCAGCCCCGAAAUUGGGCCUCCGAACCCACCGGUGGGAUGCAUUGUUGUCGGGUAUUCAGAAAUACUCGACUUAUCCACCGACGGCUUUCUUCGGGCUGCACUUCGUUAAUACUGCGCUCUUCCCACUUGUCACCCGCUCCGUAGCCGCGAGCGAGCCCUAUCUCCUGCUCACGCGACCGGUUUACCAGGCUCCCGGUCUCGAGCACCUCGUCCUCACCAUCCCCGUCCUCGCGCACAUUAUCUCUGGAAUUGCUUUGCGUAACAUCCGUGCUUCGCGACGCGCUCGCUUAUACGGCGCGGAGACACGAGCUCAGCGAGCCUUGCUACCCUCCUGGCCUCGGUUUUCUCUUCAAGCCCGCACGGGAUAUCUCGUUGCGCCAUUGAUUGGUCUUCAUGUCUUGGUAAACCGUGCUACACCUUUGAUCGUGGAAGGCGGUAGUUCCGGUGUGGGUUUGGGCUAUGUUGCCCAUGGUAUUGCGCGCAGUCCUGUGUUUUGGAAUAUUUUCUACCUGAUGUUUGUCACCGCGAGCGUGUGGCACUUUGUGGGCGGAUGGGCCACUUGGAUGGGCUGGAGAGUGACCACGGUCAGGAAGGAGCGCAACAGCAAAGGCUCGCUGGAAGGCUACCUGGGCUAUCCGGCGAACCAGGAUCGCGUGAAGAGGCAGCGCAAGAUGUGGUGGAUGGUGAACGGAGUCGCUGCCGUGGGUGCUGCUCUUUGGCUGGCUGGUGCCCUCGGCAUCGUCGGACGCGCAGGCGAAGGUGCUGGAUGGGAAGCGCAAGGGUGGAACGAGAUGUAUAGCCAGGUGCCGGUCAUUGGCGACUGGUUAUGA